UUGCCACUUAGUCGGCAACACAACACAGCAACAUAUUUUGUUAAGGAGCUGAUAUUUUGUUAAAAAAGUGAUUUUUACGCAAUAGUUUUAUACUGCACAAUUCUGGAAUAUAUAGCGUAUUUCGUUGAUGAUAUGGAUUUAAAACGUUUGGCAUGUAAAACGGGCUUGGGCGAUGGCCCAGAUGCCAAGCGCACAUCAGCUGUAGAUGGAGAUGAAGAUCUUCUGCAGCUGGAUCAGGAAUCAGGUUUAGAUAAAGAAACGAGCGAUGCACAGCCAGAAUGCUUACAACUAGAAGCUACCAAGGAAACAGAUUGUGAUAGCCUUAAAGCUGAUCACGAGAAUCUAUCGCCCAGCAAUCAUGUGGCGCCAUACACUGGCAACGGAUGCGCCCCUUCACUAGAGUCAUUUAUGUUCCAACAGACCCCGGCUGGCAGCCAACUCUGCUCCUGGAUGUCCAAUACUGAGUCCAAGACCUCGGCCAACGAUGGGCAAGCUCUAUUUGAAUCGGACAAGGACUCCAAAUCGAAUACCCAGACUGCCAAGUUAAAUCGCAAGGCACUCACCAAUUUACGUCGUCAGAAUGCAUUGCGUGCUCUUGAGUUGGAGCGCGAACUGGCCACAAAGACACCACAGGCCCCAACACUGCUUGUACGCUUUCCAGAUCCAAAAAUAAGCGUUGCUUCGGUCAGUGAAUUUUCGGAUAGCAUUCGUGAUGUGGUCUUUCCCACAAACGUAUCGCAGCGUUACUGUUUGGUGCACUUGAAGGCUGGCGCAAAUGUCGAACGUACCAUAGAGGAGCUAAAGCAGGUGCGCUUCGGUCAUGGCCGUUUGCACGCCGAGCUGAAGACAUUCACCGAUGAGGAGCAGGCUGAAUGCAUUGAUCCUUGCUCACUGUAUGUGAGCAAUAUACCAUUCAAUAUGAAUGCCGCCGACAUUAAGGUGUUUGUGAACUCCAUGCGCGUUGAUAUUGGCGUUAUGAAACGCCAGAAGCGCGCACGUUAUGCAUUUGUACGCUAUGCCAAUGCCGAGAUGGCCAUGGAUGCUUUCAGGGAUCUGGUGCGCCGCACUCUCAACAAUCGCGUCUUGACCGUGCGCUAUCGUCGCCUACGCAAACGCUUAACACAUCCAACAGCGGCCUCGAUGUGCGCCAUCUCCAAUCUGACCAUUGAUACGAUUGCCACCGACGAUGAUGGCGUUGAAUGUCGCGUGAUUUCCCCACCACCGGUGGAGUCGAUUACCAUUCUGGACAGCGAUGACGAGGGUCAGCAUUGCGAAUCGCAUAGCGUUGUUAGCCUAAGCAGCAGCAUUCCACACAAGAAGCGUGAGAGCAAGAUGACCGCCCAGGAGAAGGAGAUACAACGUCUCAAAUUGCAGGUGGCCGAGCAUGGGGCUAUCAUAAGGAGCCUACAGAAGAGGGAGGGCAGUAUUUCCAAUAUUAUAGCUAAAAUUGAGCCACAAUCUGAUCUGACCACAGACAAGUCUUCUAUGAUGCAGCGUUCACUGUCGCCGUGUUCUAGCUACGAUAUCAAAAUGGAAAAUGAUUAUUUAGGUAUUGCUCAGAGUACGCCCGAGCCGGAGCAGGAUUUCUUGCUAGAUGCCAUACCGAACUCGCCCUAUCGUGGCACAACCUGCCCAAUCGACGGCAUGGAGGAUCCCAUCAAAUCAUCCGAUUGUUUUGGCUGGUUGAUUUCAGGUCUCGGACGUCGCAAGAGCACAAAAUCUAGUGCGCAGCAGCAGCAACAGCAACAACCAAACAACAGUAAUAUUCAGAACAGCAACAGCAACAGCAACAACAACAGCAACAACAACAGCAACAACAACAGCAACAACAAAGAGAACAAAAACAAGAAAAUUCCAAAAGUUGCCAACUUGGAGGUGCUUAAUGCGCAAGUCGAAGCCGAUUUGGAUACAUAGAUAGGAUAGGAUUUAUGUAAAAUCUACCAAAUUGUAGCACCUCAAAAUUAUUUGCGUAUAGGACUUUAUAAUUUUCAAUUUUAUUAUCAGCUUCAUACAUAUUCCUGAUAUGUAAAUAUGUCUGCUUUUUGUGUACCCCAGUAGUAGUAGUAGAAGUAUUAGUAGUCGUCGUCGUCCCAGUAGUAAGUGAAGAAAUAGGGGUUUUUUUUUACCGAGUAGUAGUGUUUUAACAUUCAUAUUUAUUUGUAUUUUUUUCUUGUUUUUCGAUCACUUUUGCAAAAUGUACAAUUCUAUGAAAUUGUAACACACAAUAUAAGUAAAUUUAAUAAUAAUAAUAUUUCGGUUUUAAAUGUUAAACCCGAACAAAUAUCGCUUAGAUUUUUCUUACAAACGAAACACUUACACUUAUACAUACAUAUACUAUAUAAUGUUUUUAUACUUCAUUAUUAUUUUUUGAUUCACAUACGAUCUUAAGUGCUUUAGUUUCUAUAGAAUUUAAUUGUUACAUCCAAAAAAUUUCGAAAAAAAAUCGAAAAUCUCUCAGUUUGAAACUGUAACAAUUCGAAUUUUAACUAAAAUAAGUUGCUUGAUCGUUAAGAAUUUUGUUUCUUUUUUCAUUUUUUCAUAUGGCUCGCUAUAGUUAAUAUCGCAAAUUGUCAUCUUUAAGUUACAUAAUAUACUCGUUGUAUGGUCUAUACAUAUUUAUAUAGACUUAUGAUAUGAUCCUGAUCUCCUGUUUUGCUCUUUUUUGGAAUGUUAACUAUUUAAGAAUUAAUUUAAAUUACAUUUAAUGCUGAUUUAUAUUAAUUUUUCUUUUCCAUUUUGUAUUUACAAAACAACGAUUUUAAGGCACCUGUUUUACAUGAUAUUCAUAUAUACUUACUUACAUAUAUAUGUAUCUAUAUGAUGUAGUUUGAUUCUUGUAAUUUGAAUUGACAAAUUUAAUAUUUUUUUGGUAGCCCGCAAAAAACUGUAUUUGUGAAAUUUUGAAAACGACUAAAAAAAAACAAAUAUUUUUUAUAAUAUCUUUUAUAGUUUUAUGUAAUAUUCCCC